CUAGAUCUUUUAUAACUACUAUAAAACAAGGACAUCAAUAAGAGUCACCACAAUUAUUACACUAAGUUCAAAAAAAAUGGCAGAGUCCCCUACUACCUCAGGUAUGACUAGAAAAGUUGUAGUACUUUUCUUGAUUGGAUUAUUGGCAUAUGUUUAUCAAGCAAUUACACCACCUCCUCCAAAAAUUUGUGGUUCUCCCGGAGGCAAUCUCAUCACUGCACCACGAAUAAAACUCUCCGAUGGAAGGCAUUUGGCGUAUAAAGAACAAGGUGUUUCGAAAAAUGAAGCAAAGUACAAAAUUGUGUUCAUCCAUGGAUUUGAUUGUUGUAGACAUGAUGUUGUUAUUGCCAGCACCCUUUCUCAAGAUGUUAUUGAGAGUUUGGGAAUCUAUAUUGUGUCAAUUGAUAGACCUGGUUAUGGUGAAAGUGAUCCUCAUCCACAAAGAACACCAAAGAGUUUAGCUCUUGAUAUUGAAGAAUUAGCAGAUCAAUUGGAAUUGGGAUCCAAAUUUUAUGUUGUUGGAUUUUCUAUGGGUGGACAAGCUGUUUGGGGCCUUCUCAAGUACAUUCCUCACAGAUUGGCAGGAGCAACACUUCUAACACCUGUGGUUAACUAUUGGUGGCCUGGUUUCCCAUCAAAUUUGUCAACAAAAUCAUAUUAUGAUCAACUUUUGCCUGAUCAAUGGACACUUAGAGUUGGUCACUAUCUCCCAUGGUUAACAUAUUGGUGGAACACUCAAAAAUAUUUUCCAUCUUCUAGUGUUGCAGCUCAUAGCCCUGAUAUUUUUAAAACUCAAGAUAUGCAAUUAGCACCAAGAUUUGCUGGUUCACAAGAAAAAUAUAGGGCACAAAUAAGACAACAAGGGGAAUUUGAAUCACUCCAUAGAGAUGUAAAUAUUGGAUUUGGUACAUGGGAAUUUGAUCCAAUGGAUUUAAAAACUCCAUUUGAUAAAAAUGAAGGAUUUGUCCAUUUAUGGCAAGGUGAUGAAGAUGGACUUGUACCUGUUAUUUUACAAAGAUAUAUUGCACAAAAAUUACCAUGGAUUCAAUAUCAUGAAAUUAAAGGGGGUGGUCAUUUAUUUCCUUAUGCUGAUGGAAUGGGAGAUAAAAUUAUCAAAACAUUUUUACUUGGUGAAAAAUUUGAAAUAUAACGAUAUACAGAGAGAUAUAGACGUUCAGAUAUGAUUUGAUUGAAUUUCGAAAAAAAGAGAAAUCAAAGUUUGAAGUUGAAAAAGGGUAUUUGAUAAAGUUUGUUUUGACUUAACAUGUUACAUGUGUUUGUGUGCUCUGUGUAAUGGCCACUAGUUGGGGCCUUGUCCUAGAUGAUAUAAGAUGAAAUUAAUUAAUACAAAUUUCAUCAUCAA